ACGAUGUUGGAAUCGAAAGUGUAAAAAAGUCAAAAUCAGAACUCAUCAGGGCAUUACCAUUUAGUUUAAAAAGAGGAGAUUAAUUAAAGUAAAAUUACCAUUUUGUGUGUGUCAUGUGAACCUCGCAAUCGCUUAAAACCCAUUCUUAUCGAUACUUCGUCGUGUGAUCUAUGGUUCCUUUUUCUCCGAAAGGACGAAUGUAAUUGAACGCAACGUGGACAGUUUGCGACGUAUUCCUGAAUGGGGAUUUUCCGAGAAAAUUUCACUUUCUCUCGUUUUGCAAUUUUUUCGGUAAAUCUCUUCGGCAUCAUCUGCGCUUCUCUUUUUGAUGAUAUUGAUUACUGCCUACAAAAUGUAGGCAACGUUCUCGAAACGCAUUACAGCAUAUUGUGCAGUAAGAAUGCCAAUACAGGCACCUCAGUGGACUGAAUUUCUUUCUUGUCCCGUUUGCUGUCAUGAUUUCGAUGUGGCUAUACGUGGACCCAUAUCUUUAGGAUGUGGCCACACAAUAUGCCGCACGUGCCUUGCAAAUUUACAUCGUAAACAAUGUCCGUUUGACCAGAGUGUUAUAAAUACGGAAAUCGAAAGUUUACCAGUAAAUGAAGCGUUACUGCAAUUAGUGGGAAAUCCAGUUCCGAACAAUGCUUCGGCGCAUUAUCAGAAACUGUUACCACCCGAAGAGCUCGACCAUUAUUUGGUAGCUAAGCGUUGCAUCGAGGAACUUGCACUUUAUCUCAAACCAUGUCAGGCUACGCCAAACUCCAGCAACGGAGUGGGCUUAGUGUCUCGACCGAUGCAGAGGAAGCUGGUGACAUUGGUAGGAUGUCAAUUAGUGGAGCCCGAAGGUCGUGCACGAGCCGUAAGAGCCGCCAGGAGUUUAGGAGAGCGCUCUGUCACCGAAUUAAUUCUGCAACACCAAAAUCCUCAACAACUCAGUGCCAAUUUAUGGGCCGCGGUCCGAGCUCGAGGAUGCCAGUUCCUUGGACCUGCAAUGCAAGAAGAGGUUUUGAAACUGGUUCUCCUGGCCUUGGAAGAUGGUUCGGCCCUUUCACGGAAGGUUUUGGUGAUGUUCGUCGUGCAGCGUUUGGAGCCACAUUUCACACAAGCGUCCAAGACGAGUAUUGGACAUGUCGUUCAACUUUUGUAUCGAGCUAGUUGCUUUAAGGUGUCAAAACGAGAAGGCGAUUCUUCUUUAAUGCAGCUGAAGGAGGAGUUCAGAACUUAUGAAGCUCUGAGGCGAGAACAUGACGCUCAAAUAGUCCAAAUAGCGACAGAAGCAGGGCUACGUAUUGCUCCUGAUCAAUGGUCUGCUCUAUUAUAUGGAGACACAGGCCACAAAUCCCAUAUGCAAAGCAUUAUCGACAAACUUCAGACCCCACAAUCAUUCGCCCAGAGUGUUCAAGAGCUUGUCAUUGCCCUUCAACGUACUCCCGACCCGGGUCAACUUAGUAGUCUGAGACCACAGUUGGAAUUGUUAGCGGCCAUUGAUCCUAGUCCAGAAAGUGAACCGCCUUCUUGGGUGGAGUGUCGAGAGGCUUUAGAAGCAGUAAAGACUGUUGUAUCCGCCUUAGUGGAAUUUAUACAGCAGCACGGCAAUAGAAAAUCUCAGGAUGGCGCUCAUAAUACUGGACAACCAAAAUAUAAAGUUAGCAUGUGCCGCGAUCUCGCUCUUAAAGGAUCUUGUCCACGUGCCACCAAUUGCACAUUUGCACACAGUGAUCAAGAACUCGAUAAGUAUCGAUCAAAAAAUCGAAAAUUGAGUAUAAGAUCCAAUUUACCAUCGACUGGUAUUUCUGAAACCAAGGCUGAAAAAAAUGUUAUCGCUCCAGUCGGUAAAGGAUUCAAGCAAUGUGACGAUGUUUCCUACCCUUCCAAAAAUCAUGAUUGUAUGCACCGUGAAGGCUUUACCUCAAUCGCUCAACAUGCCACCGUUACUAAUGAAAAUAAUUUCAUUGGAUCUCUGACCAACUAUAUGCUGCCUCCUCCUCAAGGAUUAUCUCACAUAGUUCCUCCUAAAAAUGUAGACAUGCAACACUCGCAUUAUAUUGUGCCUGGAAUGCCCUUAGACUAUUCAGCUGCUAAUCUGCAUAUUUGGGAUCCAAUGCAGAUUCCAACGAAUGUGCAAAAUAGCCAACAGAACAAUAAUAAAAAGCAGAGGACAAUGGCGAAAACUCUAGCAAUGUUACUGCAGCGAAAGAUGGAGAUAAUAAAUCAACUUGAAAAUAUCGUUGGAAAACAAACGACCCCUCCAAUGAAAACGAACUACGAUAUACAAGGAGAUAUAUUAGCACCGAACUUUUCGAUUUGGACUAACGCUCCUAGCAAUCAAAUUACAUCAGCCACCAAUAUGAAUUUUAAUAAUAGCUUUCGUCGUCCGGAGUCGUUAUUGUUCGAUGAUGAAUUCGUACCUUUUGAUGCCUCAACUGCCAGUAACUACGGUCCGAUUUCUAGACUGUCGAAAACGGUUCUCAGGCCAGCCAAUGGUAUUCAGCAGACUGGUUUUUAUGGCGAAGGUAUUCCGUCUCCUAUUCCGACAAUACGUCCUGUGUCUGCAACUAGUCCAAUAGCUCCUUGGUAUUAUGGCCAUCAACCUUUUACCACCAUUAAUGCAAAUGGAGAAGUUCAACCCGUCGCAAGUCCUGGUUUGGGUGAUGGGUUUAUUACUUUGAGUCGAAAUAUACCAGAGCAACCUUCCCAUAUGCAGCUCUCGAGACAAGAUUGUAUGUCAAAAGAGUAA